GAGCCGCUCAGUCGCCGACACUAGUCUGCUCGUGUUGGUGCAGCGCAAAGGACGGGAUCUUCGUAGCGCUCCGACAAUUCAUCCUCCGGGGGGAACUACCAGAGCUGCAGGUUCCCGCAAGGAUUAACAUUGCCAAGGCGGCCGGAAUAAAGUAUGCGACCAGAGAAUGCCUAAGGCUGGAGGGGGCUGCAGGCCAUCCCUUUGCCGAGAGAUCCCAGUGGGAAUGAUCGCCGUGUGGGGCGCACUCUGCUUGUUCCUGGUGACGGUGAGCGGGGUGCCAGCAGCCAGGCUUCCCAUCGCAGAGCCAGAGGAGGAAAGAGCGGAGAGAAAAUCAGCAGAUUACCUCACAGGAGAGCCGACCCCUCUUGAUGAGCUCAUGUACGGAGUUGGAGAAACCAUCGAGCUGUCAUGUAGUGUGGAGACCCCUCCUAUGCCUGUAUUAUGGUGGAAAGAUGGGAUUGCAGUGACGUCUAGCAACCAAACGCACACAAGACAGAACCUGCUGAAGAUCACCAAUGUUUCUUAUGAUGACUCUGGGAUUUAUAGCUGUACAUUGCUGCGUUCUGGAGAGAUUCUGCGGAACUUUACUGUCAAAGUAGCCGAUAUGCCAUCGUCUGGGGAUGAUGAGGAUGAUGAAGAGGAAGUGGAGGAAAGGGAACCACCAUACUGGACACAGCCAGAAAAACUGGAGAAGAAACUUUAUGCCCAACCAGCCGCUAGUACAGCCCGGUUCCGCUGCCCGGCUGCUGGCAAGCCUCAGCCCAGCAUUUACUGGCUGAAAAAUGGGAAAGAGUUCAGAGGGGAGCAUCGGAUUGGUGGAAUCAAGUUGCGGCACCAGCAGUGGAGCGUGGUUAUGGAGAGCGUGGUUCCAUCCGAUAAAGGAAAUUAUACUUGUGUUGUGGACAACAAGUAUGGAACUCUCCGUCACACUUACCAGCUGGAUGUCCUAGAGCGGUCUUCUCAUCGGCCCAUCCUCCAGGCAGGGUUACCUGCAAAUAAGACCGUGAUAAUAGGCAGUGAUGUGGAGUUUCACUGUAAAGUUUACAGCGACGCUCAACCUCAUAUUCAGUGGCUAAAGCACGUAGAGAUUAAUGGCAGCAAGUAUGGCCAAGAUGGUGAUCCUUAUGUCUCCAUUCUAAAGUCAUGGAUAAGCGAUAAGACCGAAACUGAUGCUAGCCUAAUUCUGUCCAAUGUGACACCAAACGAUGAAGGAGAAUAUGUUUGUAGAGCCAACAAUUUUAUAGGAAUAGCCGAGGCGUCUUUUUGGCUCAGCAUUUAUGAACCAUCAGCAGAACCACUUGUGAAAGUGGAGGCCACUUACUCCAACUCAGCCAGUGUCCUUAUCAUGGUGACUGUAGCCAUUGUCUUUAUCUUGCUGAUCAUCAUUAUCAUAACCUACCGAAUAAGAAUACCUUCCAAGAAGGCCAUGAACACACCAACUGUGCAAAAAGUCUCGAAGUUUCCACUGAAGCGACAGGUAACAGUUUCUCUGGAAUCCAACUCUUCAAUGAAUUCCAACACCCCACUGGUGAGAAUAACUCAUCUGUCUUCCACCGAUGGCACCAUGUUGGCCAAUGUUUCUGAGCUUGGGUUGCCCACGGAUCCUAAGUGGGAGCUGCCAAGAAGUCGGUUGACAUUGGGAAAACCAUUGGGCGAAGGAUGCUUUGGCCAAGUUGUGAUGGCAGAAGCUAUCGGCAUUGAUAAGGAUAAGCCAAAUAAAUCAUGUACUGUAGCAGUGAAGAUGUUAAAAGAUGAUGCCACAGAUAAGGACCUCUCAGACCUGGUGUCUGAAAUGGAAAUGAUGAAGAUGAUCGGGAAGCAUAAAAAUAUAAUAAACCUGCUGGGAGCAUGUACACAAGAUGGUCCUCUAUAUGUCCUGGUUGAAUACGCAUCCAAGGGGAACCUCAGGGAAUAUUUAAGGAUCCGACGCCCCCCUGGGAUGGACUAUUCUUUUGAUACAUGUAAAAUCCCCACUGAACAGCUGACGUUCAAGGAUUUGGUGUCCAGUGCGUACCAAGUUGCCCGGGGGAUGGAAUAUCUGGCAUCUCAGAAGUGUAUUCACAGAGACCUGGCAGCCAGAAAUGUACUAGUUACUGAAGACAGUGUGAUGAAAAUUGCUGACUUUGGGCUGGCCAGAGACAUUCAUAACAUAGACUACUAUAAGAAGACCACAAACGGUCGGCUGCCUGUGAAAUGGAUGGCUCCGGAAGCAUUGUUUGACCGUGUCUACACUCACCAGAGCGAUGUAUGGUCGUUUGGAGUGCUUCUGUGGGAGACCUUUACAUUAGGGGGCUCUCCGUACCCCGGGAUCCCAGUAGAAGAAUUAUUUAAGCUUUUGAAAGAGGGUCAUCGGAUGGAUAAGCCAGCCAAUUGCACACAUGAGCUGUAUAUGAUAAUGAGAGAGUGCUGGCAUGCGGUACCAUCACAAAGACCCACCUUCAAGCAGCUCGUUGAAGACCUUGACCGCACCCUUACUGUAACGUCUACUGAUGAGUACCUUGACCUUUCUGUGCCAUUUGAACAGUAUUCACCAGUGUGCCAGGACAGUCACAGCACUUGUUCAUCAGGAGAUGAUUCAGUCUUUGCACAUGACAUUCUUCCGGACGAGCCCUGUCUUCCCAAGCAGCAGCAAUACAGUGGCAUCAUUAGAACAUGACUUUCACCUGGACAGACACACAGGAAAGAAGGAAUGUAGACUUGAGGCAUACGGACAGGCCCGCCCAGUCGUGAUACUUGCUGUACACUAAGUCAAGAAGCACUGUUUGGCCUGAAGGAACUGCCAUGAUACGGAGAAAGAGAGAAAUUUAUGGAAAAAAAAUAUAUAUAUAUAUAUUUGAGAAGGAUGUUCACAUUCGAGCACCCAGCGAUGGGACCUCUAGUGAUCUGCCAAUGAGCAAACCAAUCUGUGCCUGCAAUAUUAGGAGAAAAUUGAAUGUGUACAAAUGUGCCAUGCCUGUAAAGAUUGUAAAAUUUUUAUGCAGUUGGAUUUUUUUAUUUUUUUUUGGAGUAGAUCGGAAAUGCAGCUCUGCUUGCAGGAAACUGAAUGCUUGUCCUACACAGAGAUGGAAAUUGGUAUGUCAGCCUAUGAAUUGUCACUUGUUACAGAACUACACAGCUCUUAGGUCCAUGCAACUCUUUGGAGUCUUAACCGCUUUGGAUAUUUUACAGUAUGCCCCAAAAUUGCAUACGUCUAACAUGGUUAAGCGCAAAGCCCAGUGUGGUCCAAACCCCAUAGCAACCAAAUCCGUUUUCAUGUAGCUCCUUUUUAACUAUGCGUAAAAGACGGCAAACUUAAAUUGGGGCAAAUCAAUUUUGGGGGGGGGGGGGGUGGAUCAUCCAAUGUUUAUUUUUAUUUUUUUAAGUUCUAUUUUUGUUACAUUUUCUUUAUUUUUAUUUAAUUUAUUUAAUAAUUAUUCUGCAGAGAACGUUUUCUAGAUUAUUAUUUUCAGAUUUAAAUAUUUACUUAUUUUCUGUUAAAUAUCAAUAGUUUCAGAUACCUGAAAGCGGAGCAUGCCAUCUACUUCAAAACUUUUUUCUUUGUUUUUGUUAUGCAAAAUACGGUGUAAAUAAGCAUAAGUACAUAAUGUAUAUAAAAUUGAAUAUUAUAUAAAUAUAUAUAUAUAUGUAUAAAUAUAAAAAAAAAAUACUAAUAUACUCACAGCCAUCUAUUCAGAGAAAGAUCUUAUCUUACAGUUACACAUUGCAGUCUAGGAUAACACUGAUCUAGUCAUAUAUAAAUUUAUUUUCACAAAAUUUUAUUUUUAAAAAAAUAUUUGUUUACCCUGUAUAUUUGUAAAGUUAUUUAUAGACUUUAUUAACCUCUUUGUUUUGAUUUUUCUUACAUAGUUAUAGCUUUACUGUACACGUUUUACACUCACAGAUUAUAUGUUUUAACUUAUUAACAGUCCAUACAUUUUACUUUUUUUUUUUGUAAGGUUUACUUAGAAAAUCCUGAAGUUGUAAAAAAUGUAUAGUUCUCCUCUAAUUGGUUGCAUCAUAUGGUUGUAUGUAUAUAUUUGCUGUUUGGCAGAAAAACACAGCACAAACUGGCACGGAUACUAUUUACAAGUUUUUCUUUAAAAAAAAAAAAAAGUACUCUAAUUUAUAUUUAUCAAAUUUCUACCUUCAUGUAUCGUGAAAAACAUGGCUACAUCUUUAUUGUUAAAGGAGGAGUGCUUACAGGCAAUAAGAAGGUGACCAGGCAAAGUCUUGUGUGCUGUAUGAGAUACUCACAUGAUAAUUUUGGAAUAUUUUUGCAUCUCUCCAGUAAAUUUACUAUUUGGAUUUAGGUUCUCAUCUUUCUUGAGUAACCUCGAAAAGGUCAUGAAGAAAAUCCUCUGGCAUCAACCUGUUGACAGUAUUUAUUUUGUUUAUCCUGGACUGCAUUAAGAAAACAGAUUUUUACUAUAUUGCAAUAAACAAAAGUCUCUAAAUUAAGUAUUAAAAGUAUUUGUUUAAAUAUAUUUUUUUUCACCUGUUUACCCACCUCUAAUGUGAAGAUUUUUGUCUUGCUUUUGUUUUAUAAAUAGCCAACACGUGCUUGAUUUUUGCCCCUUUCUUGUAACAUAUAAAAGAUUGCCGACACAUUUAUAUAUGAAAUAUUUCCAAAUAAUGUUUCUUCUUUUCCCCACAUGUUGUGGUGUUUUUUUUUUUUUUUUUUUGUUUGUUUUUUUCCCCAAUUCCCCUCCCUUUUUUUCCCCCAUUUGGGUGCCAAAAUGAAUUUUCAUAGUUUUAUAGUGAGCACACUUUUGGAAGACUUGGCUACUUAUAUCACAACUGACUUUUUUUAAUUAUUAAUUUAUUAUUGUUUAUUAUUAUUUUUUUUUAUUGCUGCUCAUAUAUUGGAAAAAGUGUAGCAGGCACCAUGGUUUGCCAUCUUUCUCAUUUUCCUUAAGUACAUACUGAACACUCACGCACUGUAGAAGAUUUGAAAACUCGUAAAAUGUGUGAGUUUUCCGCCAUACAUAUGGAAAAUAUUGUAAAUCCUUUUUUUUUUUUUUUCUUUUUUUUUUAUAAAUUAAAGAGAGUGGUAUUUUCUUACAAAUGUCUGCUAAUUAUGUACAUUCCAGUGCUUAAUAUUUCCCCCGGUAAGGUACAAAAUUUGCGCAUGGGUUGAAAUCUCACUAGAAAUUAUAUAUAUUAUAUAUAUAAUUUAUUGAGUUUUUACAAGAUGUAUCUGUUGUAGACAUUGAAUUAACGUUUUUUCUUAUUGAACGCUUAUAUAGUUUUAUAGCAAGAAUGAUCUUUAAGAGCUAAAUCGAAGUUGACUUUUUCCUACAUUUUUGUACUGCUGAAUUCGCAUUCCACAGGUUUUCAUGUGGUAGUUGGGUUUUGUUAGGGAAUGGUUUGGUUUGAUUUCUUGACAAUUGAUGCCUGACCUGUGCUGCUGUAGAGGAGGUGGACACCAGAUUAACUACCCUUCUGCUUUUGUUAAUUUUUGCAAACAUAACUUUUACCAAAACAAUAAAGACAAAAAUGACUUGUUAA